UCAUAAACUCAGGCAGGCCCAGCAGCAGUCCCAAGUAAAAUCAAAGUUGUGCAUCUGGGAUCAAGGCUGGGUAAGACCAGGAGACGUGAGGUAGCUGUGAGCAGGUAGCCCAGACCAUGUCCCCUCUGCUUGAAUAUCAGCAUGCACCCCCUCAGAUCAUUCCUAGGACUGUGGGUGGGUCUCCUGUGAUCAACUGAAGGAGUAGAAGAAGUCUGGACAUAAGUUACGAAGAGUCAACUUAGGCAGAAUGGUUGAACUGUUCCAGGGAACAUGGAAAUCCAUUUCUUGUGAAAAUUUUGAAGAAUAUAUGAAAGAACUGGGAAUAGGAAGAGCCAGCAGGAAACUUGGCUGUCUGGCAAAGCCCACUGUGACCAUCAUGACACAGGAAGAUCUGAUCACUAUAAAAACCAAAAGCAUCUUUAAAAAUAAUGAAAUCUCCUUCAAACUGGGAGAAGAAUUUGAGGAAACCACACCAGGUGGCCAUAAAACCAAGAGUACGGUAAUCUUAGAUGAUGACUCCUUGAUUCAGGUUCAGGACUGGGAUGGCAAAGAGAUCACCAUAAGGAGGAAGUUGGUGGAUGAGAAAAUGGUGGUGGAAAAUGUGGUGAACAAUGUUACCAGCACACGAAUAUAUGAGCGAGUACAAACAAGCCCAGUCUCAAACUUUUAGGCACUCUCAAACUGUGACCCAAACUACCAAGGCUGUUUAAAUAAAUAUAUUAUGACAGCUAA